UUCCUUCUGUUCAUUAAAGGUCGAACUUCUCCAUCAAACAGUUUUCUGAAAACGGUUGUUGAUUUUGAAAAAUCAGUGUAUGAAAGCCAGGCUGUUGGGUCCUUUUAUACACAAUCGCCAGCCAGACUGAAGAAGAUUGAAAAGAUCAUCAAGUUAGCGGCAAAUCAGAGCAACCACCAAUCAUUCAUCCGCCGGUCUCUUGGGCAUGCGCUUUACACAGCCCGGGAGAUAGAGAAAAAGAAGCCUCGUAAGAAGCGCUGUAGCUUGUGCAGUGAUGCAAUGAAAAAGUUCAUGACAAUGAUUGAGAAGGAGAUUGGCAAAGACAAGUUUAAGAAGUUUGUUGGGAAAAAGAACUUGGAUAGAACUACGCUGAUGUUUGCUAUUGAUGACACAGGGAGUAUGGCUGAUGAAAUUCAAGCAGCAAAGGACAUCGCUACAUACAUUGUUAACUACCGGAGACCAAAUUUAGAAGUGGAUUAUAUCUUGUCGCCUUUCAACGAUCCAGGUAUGCGAAUUGUGUGUUAAGAGUGUUGCUUUGGAAAACCAUUUAUCAUAAAAUACGAACAAGGUGUGUAUAAAAGACUGAAACUUCAUUACUGUGUCUUUAAUCUUUAGAAAUAGGAAGGGCCAUUAAAAUUGAUGCUGGAACACAAAGCGGGAGAAAGUUUAUUGAAAAAAUUAGAGAACUUAGCCCGGAUGGUGGAGGUGACUGUCCUGAGAUGGCCUUCAAAGGAAUUAUAGAAGCCUUGAAUGAAGGCCCUGCAGAUGGCUCGCCCCUGUAUGUCUGGACUGAUGCACCACCUAAAGAUGCUACGCUGGAUAACAUCCAGGAGGUGACAACCCGUGCAAAACUAGCGGGUAUAAAUGUCUACUUUUUUGUAACAAGAGGCUGCGUUGACCCAUCGUCGCCUUCAACGCCAUUUGAGAACCUUGCAAGAGACACUUGUGGUCAGGUUUUUGAACUACCAAAGGAUAGCUCUAGUAUCGCUAAGAUGAAGAAAGUCACCAAACACCUUCUCGGUGGGACAUCUUGUUCUGGAGGUUUUGCAAUUAUCAUCCCACCUGGCAAAAAGAAGCGAAGUGUUUCCUCGUCUGUAUAUAGAUUGCUCGUGGAUGACACUAUGGAAAAAAUUAUUGUCACGGUUUCCAGUGAGAACAGUGGCGCGACGAUCAACCUAAAAGAUCCCCUGGGACAUUUUGUUACCUCUGGGAAGAGCGUGGUAUUCAAAGUGACAAUAUUUGAAUUGGAAAACCCAUCACCAGGAAUCUGGCAGUUGGUAGUGGCGUCAGAGGCAGGAAAGCACACAUACCUGUUGAAAGGAUCCAGUAGAACAAAUGUGGUGUUCGACUUUAUCUUUGUCAUUCCACGUCAAAUGGGAAGACCCCUGCCAAUUCCUUAUCCCUUAAAAGGUGAGUUGUUGUUUCUUAUUUGAUAAGACGGGAUCCAUCAGGAUAUUGAGUAAAUUUCAAUUUUCAGUGGACAAAAACCUUGUACCAGAAUAAUUUAAACAAUAUCGCAUUCUUUUUUCAAUUUUUCAAGGGUUAUAGAUACAAUUAGUUAUCUGUAAUAACACCAAAGACUAUUUCUCUUGGGAGCCCGAGAAAAUAAACGUAAAACUUCACUAGAAUUGGGAAAACUCAGGUAAAAUUCUGAAAAUUUCAUGUGUAAGAUGUCAUUUUCUGAAAUUUGAAAUUUAUUUUCUCGGGCUCUUGUCAGAAUUUUUCUUUGGUGUUAUUACAGAUAAUUAAUUACAUCCAUAGCCCUUGAAAAAUGUAAAAAAGAAUACAGUAUGGUUUAAAUUAUUCUGGUUCAAGGUUUUUGUCCGCUGAAAAUUAAAAUUACUCAAUUUUCUGAUGGAUUCCGUUUUAACUCUUCCUAGAACAGGUGUUUUUGACCACUCAAAAGAUUCAUGAAAUGAGAAAGGUCAUGGCUAAGAUUUGCAGUUGAAUAAUAAUCAUAGUUCUGGGCCACUUACAAGGUACUUUUUGUUUGUGGACAAAGAAAGAAAAAUUAUUUUCGACUUAUUUGUUUUUAUGAAUAAUAGUAUCAGCACUCUGACUUACAAGGGAAGGGGUGGAUUGUACCAAGAAGAUUUCUCUGGGCUCCUGUUUAUUUCAGUAACUACCGUAUAUAUUCGAAUAAGCGCCCAACCUCGAAUUACCACUCACCUCGAAUAAGCGCCCAUCCUAAAGGCAGAAAAAGUUAAUAAGCGCCAAGCCUCGAAUAAGCGCCCAGCCCCUCCUCCUCCCAAUCAAACUCAAAUAAGCGCUCACCCCCACCCCACCCACUUGAGUGAAUUAAUUCUAAUAAGAGACUUCCCCGAGGACGGAGUUUUGUUCAGAGUAUUUUACAGAAACCUUACUUUGUUACUUCUUCGCGUUUUGUUAUUAGCAUUUAUUGUUUUGUUGCAAAAUGAACAUAAAUCACUUGCUGAAAAUGGUGAAAAUUUAAAUAAGCGCCCAGCCUCGAAUAAGCGCCCAGCUCGAAUACGGUCCAAAAAUUUAAUAAGCGCCCAGGGCGGUUAACCGAAUAAAUACGGUAUUUGUAGCUGCUCAUGACGGAUUACGUCACUGACCCCCAGUAGCAUCGAUUACUUAAGUGUCCCGUAAGAUUAACAUCCUCUUGUAGAAAAAUUAAGCAAAUUAUCUUUUUAAGGUAAAAACGUUUCAAAAUAUCGUAACGUAACGAAACCGCUAGGGGGGAUUACAGCCACCACCUUUCUUGUACCAGGGUGAAGGGAUAAGUUUGCAUCUAUGUGGGUAAAGCUCUUCUUAGCAUUUUUGUACGUUUGCGUUUGGGGACUAAUAAUAACGGCGUACGGACAAUUAUACCAUAAACUACUCACGGACCAAAAACCCUGUAGUCGCGAUCAUAGCUCCCCUUACGCGAAACUUCUUUGGCAACUGCAGUGUUAUAUUAUAAAAGCAUCUUUAUUGCUUCGCACAAUUUAACCUUCUCUGCUCCCUGUCCCCUAAUGGUAGCUGGUGUGGAAAAGUUUCCUGAAUUCCUUGCUGCUCCAAAAUAUUUUAUUUUUCUUUAAACUUGCUUAAUGAUUCGGCAGUCUCGCUUAUCCACUUACCUAUUUGCCUUGUAUGUAAAAGUUUAUAGGGUAAACUUAAUAAUUAUUUUCAUGAUUGAUCGAUAGGACUGAUUUUCCCACUUCAAAAUUAAUAAAUGCAGAAAUCACGAAAAUGGUCCAUUUUUUCUUAGGUUACUUGUGGUUAAAAUUUAAAAAAGAAUAGUUUACUUCAAUCACCCUUUCCUUAACAUCUUACACCCCGCUUUAGGCAAUGCUGUUUUUUUUUCACCGAGGGCAAUAUAACUCAACAUCGUACAUUUCAGUGUGCCACUGUCAUAACCACAUCUGGUGGAGUAGCACAGCGGUCUCCAAAUUGACGUUAAUCGUAAACUUGCUCAUUAUCAGAUGCCCCUGUUUGCCGGGCAGCUCUGGUAUGUUCGUUGCGACAUGCAGUAGCACCUUUACACGACAUGCAAAACACCGUACAUGCGUGCCACCUGCCUGCUUUGCAGCCACAGCCCUCGGACUUGGAAUAAACUCCUGAAGAAUAAAAACAUCUGAUGUGUUGAGCAUGUGAAUCUGCUACUGGCGGAGUCGUAGCAGGUAGAGUGACGGACUGUAGAGACUUAGAAACCUCAUCCUUUCACCAGCCCAGCCAUAAUCCGUGGAUUCAAAGUCUGGCUGCUGCUCAGAUAAAGUGCGCCUCCAGAUGCAGCACUGGUAGACCCAGGGGCUUCGUUUCAGGCGGGACAUACGAUUGUUUGUAGCCUGCGUAGCAAGGGUUUCAACGCAAGUUUGUCGAAAAAGUUGCUAUCGUCCUAACUUUCUCGACAAACUUAUGCGUAAACGAUUGCUACGCAGGCUACAAACAAUCUAUAUAUAGAAGGUCGUGCCUGCGGCACGAACGGUGCAAGUCCGCCAGCUGAACAUCUGCAUUUCAAAAGCUACCGAAAACCCUCUAUGGUAAUGAGCUUUUUUGACGAAACGGUUCCCUUUAAAAGGUUCAUUCGUUGGAGACAAAAUGCAUAGUUUGGGUGUAGCUUCAGCUGCUCCUUUGUUCCCUUUCUUUGUUUGGCUAAACUUUUCAAACGUCAUGGAGUUACAAUUUAGUCCUACACUUUGUAGCUUGCCAAGACAAAAGCUGUGGAUUUUAGAAAUACAUCGGGAAAGUCAGCAGUCUUAUUGCCAAAAGGACUUCAGCUGAAUUUCCCUCAUUAAAGAAUUUUUAACCUCUUACCGUUUCCGAUACAGUGGGAGAUGGCGAGUGUCACACUCUGUAAGUGCAUGGGCUGGUUACUUGUUGGGUAUUGGGCUGGCAUAGCUUUUUACUUUAACAGUUAUGUCCACAUCUGCAUGUUCAGCUCUGCCUUUCUUAGGUGACUGCAUCACCAUGGGAUGUUUAAACCUCUAUCAAGGUAAUGGUACAGCAGCAGAGCAUAGACAUUUGUGUCAACUGCUUUGUUCUUUUCUUCCUGUGCUAAAGAUAUUGCUUGUGCUGUGACGAUUGUGUCUGCUUCGUGGAUUGUCUUAAGGUCGGCUCUCUAAUUAUCUUAAGCUUAAAUCCUUGGGUUGGGAAUGUCAGCUGCGAUGCGCCCUUUUUUUUUCUAUAUGUGAACUUAUGUGCCGUUUGCAGGUCUUACUCUCAGCUGCCUUUCUUCUAGUUCUUCCUUCCAUGAGGUACUCAUGAGUUUAUAUUACCAAACUGAUUCCGAAGAGCCCUCAUGCACAUGGGAUUCUUUUUCCUACACGUCAUUUUUGUUUAAUAUACCAGCAAAGACCAAUGUUGGUAAUGAAAUAGCUAGCAGCUACUAUAACGUCUGUUAGCAGAUGCACUCCUCCUCGUCUAAAUUUUGGGGGAAACUCUCUGGUAGGGAACAAUGGAUUUCAACAGCAAUUCUGUACAAUUGUAUUGUUGGUCUACAGUAAAAAGUGUAAAAUACUUUACGUCAUUUUUACGCAAUUGUGCAUUUACCCUUACACCUAUUCUUGGUUUUCAAGUGACGUCACAAAAAUCCAAACUCCAAAAUCGCAAGAGAAGAAGCUUUGGGCAAGAAUACCCUUGCAGACAGGAGAUAGUCCGUCGGCAGUUGUCCUCUAUUUGUGGGUCAACUUUCACACAUUUGAAAUGUGUUAGCGUUGCAUUUUAAGGUUCAAUUUGACCAGCUAUUUGUGCAGCGAGUUCUACGGUCACGAUUGACUUCAAACCUGAAGAUAUAAAACUGGAGAGUUCUGAGGCUUAUUUGCCGAAGUUAGAGAAAAAUCUGUCUUAGCCAGUUUCGAAAUAAUUGAAAUUUUUUGUAAAAGUGAGGUUUUAAGCAUAUGCCGAUAUUUCACACGUGUUUAUACCUACAAGAAAAUAAAUAACAAUUUCUUAAAGUUCGACCAUUGUUUAUUAAGGAUGCCAAAAAUCACAGAAAUUGGUUAAAUCAUUCCUUCCGAAAAACUCGAUUCAAAAACAUAUUUAACGCGCAUAUAAAUAGGUUCGGGCCACCUUAAGCAAUUGUCAAACCUUUAUUUGCUUAAUUAAGUUAGGUACACGGCAUACAUGUAAGACCGCAUGUAAAGGAGGUCUAGUUUAUAGUGUAAUUGCCGGAAAUGUGUUAGUUUUUUUGCUUUAGAUAUCUCAUAGAAACAUACUGUAUUAAUUGUACAUACUGUAUUUUAAUUGUCAUGUUAAUAAUGUUAAGUGAUAGUUUUCAAUUUUAAAUUGUACAGACGUGACGAAUUUUUACCAUGUUUAAAUAAAGAUUUGAUUGAUUGAUCUUGAUUCAAAACUCAGUCCAAAUCAACUGAUAAAUGCGUAACCCCCAAUUAUCAAACCAAGAUGUAAUCUUAAUUCUUUAUUCUUUUUUUUCAGCGAUAACUGCCCACGUAAUCCUGAUUGUGAGCGGAGCUGAAAAGUUGCAGCCCAAUACGCUACAACUAUAUAUUCUGGGCACCGAUGGAAGACGUCUUCACUCAACCCGUCUCCGAAAAGUCGGAAGACAUGGUGUGCAUUUCUCAGCCUCCUUUCCUACUCCCGAGGUACCCUUCAAGAUGCAAAUAAAAGGCAACACGAAGAGGGGCGUCCAGUUUGAACGCAGCUCUCAAAGCACGGUGGAACCAAGCCAUGUAGUUGUCAAAGUCCUGUACGCCCGAAAUGAGUUCACUGCCCCAAAAUCCGGAUACGAAUUCGCCAUGUUCUUAAUAAUUAACUCUGGAGCUACCGAAGAGUUCGACUUCAAAAUUAAGGAAACUGUCAACUUUGAGGUCCGCACAUCCGCAAACACGACGAUGGUUUAUCAGUACCGCCAAGCCGUCAUAUCCGUCCGUUUCUUUGCCAAACGUUCGGCUGUCCCUGGGAACACUGAAGAUUUGUUGGUUACUGUCACUGGAAAAACUUCGGGUGUCACCGCCAGUGAAAUCGUGAGCUUGAUGGUUGGCCCUUGA